AUGAGAUCUGCGGCUCAAGGAUAUAUUCGAUCUUGCCUACCACCAUUCACUUCGUGGACGCUUUACAGCGGAAUCAGCCUACUCAGCUUGGGUCUGUUCCUGGCCAUCCACUAUAUCAGACGCCGCGGUCAGCAAGCAUAUCUGGAACGAGAACCAGACCCUUGGUCCCAGUCUUUCGACAUGGAAAAAGCAAUGAUCAAAUCCACCUCUUCGCCGUCGGCGUCUGACAUUUUGAAACCACUAUCACGGAACGGCACUUUUCCAAGCAGCGGAGCCGUCGCCGCGAUGGCGCGUGAGCAGAUGCAGAAAACAGAUUCAGGUUCAGGCUCACCGGGGGCCUCGGAAGCCGAAAUCCCCACACGAUCUGAAGCCGGGAACGAGGCUAGUGGAUCGGUGCAAAGUCGAAGCGAGUCGGUGCAGCAGAUACACGAAGGGGACACCGGCGAAGUGCAAAUUUGGAGGCGAUUGAUUGUGGAGUAUAGCUAG